UCAGACCGUCUGCCUGCCUCCGACCGCGGGCGCGCGGCGCAACCCGAUCUCCUUGGACUUGAAUGAGGAGCGGGCGGCGGCGCUCAGCUGCGGAUCGGCCGGCGCGCAGGCUGAGCCCGGCGGCCCCGUGCCCCGGCCGCCCGCCCGUGCCCCGCACGCCGCCCGCGGCCACGGCUCGCCGCCCCGGGACUCCCGGUCGGCGGCCGGGGGACCCAGCUCGCCCCGGGGACCUCGGCGGCGCCCGGAGCCCGCUCCGCGCCGCUCGCUGUAUGCGGGGCCCGAGCCCCGCGCGCCGGCCGGAGCCGCCCCCGCGCCCCGCGCCUCGCGCCCCGCGCCGCCCGUGACCGCUUGAUGGGGGUCAACGGCACCGCCGCCGCCGCCGCCGGGCAGCCCAAUGUCUCCUGCGCGUGCAACUGCCAGCGCUCUUUGUUCCCCAGCAUGGAGAUCACGGAGCUGGAGUUCGUGCAGAUCGUGGUCAUCGUGGUGGUGAUGAUGGUGAUGGUGGUGAUGAUUACCUGCCUGCUAAGCCACUACAAGCUGUCAGCCCGCUCCUUCAUCAGUCGACACAGCCAGGCCAGGAGGAGAGACGAGGGACUGUCCUCGGAAGGAUGCCUCUGGCCCUCAGAGAGUACCGUGUCAGGCGGAAUGCCAGAGCCACAGGUCUAUGCCCCACCUCGGCCCACUGACCGUCUCGCUGUGCCCCCCUUCGUCCAGCGGAGCCGGUUCCAGCCCACCUACCCCUACCUGCAACAUGAAAUUGCCCUGCCACCCACCAUCUCGUUGUCUGAUGGGGAGGAGCCCCCACCCUACCAGGGCCCCUGCACCCUCCAGCUACGGGACCCCGAGCAACAGCUGGAGCUGAACCGAGAGUCUGUGCGUGCACCCCCCAACCGGACCGUCUUCGACAGUGACCUUAUAGACAGCACCAUGCUGGGAGGCCCCUGUCCCCCCAGCAGUAACUCGGGCAUCAGCGCCACCUGCUAUAGCAGCGGUGGGCGCAUGGAGGGGCCGCCUCCCACCUACAGUGAGGUCAUCGGUCAUUACCCAGGCUCCUCCUUCCAGCACCAGCAAAGUACCGGGCAGUCCUCCUUGCUAGAGGGGACCCGGCUUCAUCACCCUCACAUUGCCCCACUGGAGAACAAGGAGAAGGAGAAACAAAAAGGUCACCCCCUCUAGGAGUGGGGGCCGGGGCACCUGUAGGCAAAACCGCAAAAAAAAUAAAAUAAAUAAAAACACUCCGCACUUCUUAAGAGAGAAGAGAGAGGAAGGCAGGAGACACACAGGCCGUGUGGCGUGUGCUAGUUCUCCUGUCUGUGUAUAAAUAUUUACAUGUUCUGUGUGGUCUGAAUGCAGAAGCUCAGAAAGCUUGCAAAAAAAGAAAAAGACGCCAUGUUUCUUUGUUGAGCCGUGUCUUGAAGGCGAAAGAGAAAAACGCUCCACUAGUCUUUUCUUGUUCUUAGUUGAGCUCUGUGCGUGAAUGCCUAAUUUCUUUUGUUUAUGAUGGUUUUACUUAACUUUAAAGACAUAUUUGCACAAAACCUUUGUUUAAGAUCUGCAAUAUUAUAUAUAUAAAUAUAUAUAAAAUAAGAGACUCUGUAUGUGGGAGAGCCAGGAGUAUUUUUGUAUUAGAAGAGGCCUAUUCAAAAAAAAAAAGUUGUUUUCUGAACUAGAAGAGAAAAAAAAAUGGCAAUUUUUUGAGUGCCAACUCCGAAAGUGUGUAUUACCUUGUAAAGAAAAAAAAAAAAUUCUACAAAGCAGGGGUUUAGAGCUAUUUAUAUAAAUGUUGAGAUUUUGCACUAUUUUUUAAUAUAAUAUAUCAGUGCUUGUUUGAUGGAAACUUCUAGAGAGUGUGUUGAGACUUGGAGAAAUGUUGAGUUUCAGUCUGAACAGAGCACCGGGGGUGUGUCCCCCCCACCCCCGGGUCUCAGAGGGCCCCCACUGCGCAGGAAAGCCAGGCUCCCCAGGGCCACGCGCCUGCAAGCCAACGGAUGCUUCUGUCCAGACAGGCUGUGAACAGUUACACAUUCCCUGCCGAAGGGGACCCAUGUCGUCCUCUGGGUUACAGCUGAGUCAGGACCGCGCCCCACAGAGGCACCCGGUCCCAGAUGCCUUUCCCAAUAUGAAAAAUAAACUGUUACUGAAGGAA